UCAACACAGGGUUUUGUCUUUCCAUAAUGUGGCGAACACAGCAUCGUAUCAGCGCGUCUUCGUGAUCAGCAGCAGCGUUGUCAAGUUUUCUGUCAAACGCAACUUGUUCACAACAUCCAAUGAAGGCAAUGGAAAGGUUUACGGUAGCAGAGAAGCGGUGGCUGCUGGUCGGGAUCGCUCUUCACAAAAUCGUCCACCCCGCGAUCUGCCAGGCCCUGAAGACUGAAGCCGGACACCCCGUUCCUUACGGCUGUCUGGACAUUUCUGCGGCUAUAGACCGACUCAACAGCGAGAAUGCCUUUGCAUUUGAUCUUCAGAAAGCAGCAACGAAACUGCGCUCGAAGGUCCGGAAUAAGUGGGCACAUUCCGUCAUGAACGAGUGGAUCGACAAGGAACAUUUUCACACGUGUUUCUUGGCCAUGAGAAAGGUCAUUGACCUCUUGCCGUACCCGAGUCCAGCCGUCAGAGAAAGGACCAGCAUGCGUCUAAGGAAAUAUGAAGAGGGCGAUGCCACGGGAAAUCUCCUAUUCAAUCCUUAUCAUUUCUUUCCUGGUGGAGACGGCAACAGCCAGACUGUUGUGGCUGUGCCUGAGCCCCCGUCGGUUGGCUGUGAGUUGUGCGGCUACACCGGGAACCUCCACCCGUCAGCCGGCUGUGAGUCGUGUGGUUACACCGGGAGCCUCCACCCCUCCCCUCCCCCCAACGGCCACCCCUCAGACGACAAUGGUAGCAGCCCAAUUGAACAGAGUAUGAGGACAUCAAAGUGGAAAUUUUCUUGGCUACACCUCACAGGCGGAGCCGUAUUAGGGUUUGCUGUGGGCGUCCUCCUCGCAAGUGUUCCUGGGAAAUGUGGUGAAGUUGUUCGUAGUGGGUCUGUGCCGAUUGUUCUCAGGCUAGAAGAUAUGAUAAAAGCAUGCAGUCAUCUCCGGCUUUCCUCCUGAUAUUUUCCUGC